AACUCCUCUGCGAGCCUGUAAACAUUUACCUGCGAAUUCCCCAGCCCCGGCGGCUGCUGGGGCAAGAGGCUUCUUGUUAGAACUUUCCACCUCCGGCUUCCCCUCCAGCCCUCUCUGGCUGUCCCGACCUCCGCAGACGCUUUUGCUCCUCCCGAGCAGAAUUUAUCCUUGUUUUGUUUUGUUUUGUUUUUCUUCUUUUUUUUUUUCUUUUUUUUUUUUUAACCCUCACCCCCUGUGUUUUGCAUUUGGGGAGGGGAGGAAGAGGUGGUUUCCAAGAGUGACCAAGGUGGGACGCCUCUCCGACCCUUAAUUUGGGUUAUUUAUUAUUAUUGUUUGCGGUGUUUUCUUUUUUUCUUUUUUUUUUUUUUUUUUUUGAUUGCUGUGUUGCUGGUCCGGGGAGUUCCGCCGCGCCCCCUCCCCUGCGCCCUCACCCCCACCCCUCCCCGCCCCCCCGGCCCGGCUCCGCGGCGCGGAGGAUGGUGUGGAAAUGGCUGGGCGCGUUGGUGGGGUUCCCUCUGCAGAUCAUCUACCUGGUGGCCAAAGCCGCCGUGGGGCUGGUGCUGCCCGCCAAGCUGCGGGACCUGUCACGGGAGAACGUGCUCAUCACCGGCGGCGGGAGAGGCAUCGGGCGCCAGCUCGCCCGCGAGUUCGCAGAACGCGGCGCCAGGAAGAUUGUUCUCUGGGGCCGGACUGAGAAAUGCCUGAAGGAGACGACGGAGGAGAUUCGGCAGAUGGGCACCGAGUGCCACUACUUCAUCUGUGACGUGGGCAACCGGGAGGAGGUGUACCAGACGGCCAAAGCCGUCCGGGAGAAGGUGGGCGACAUCACCAUCCUGGUGAACAACGCGGCCGUGGUCCACGGGAAGAGCCUGAUGGACAGUGACGACGAUGCCCUCCUCAAGUCCCAGCACAUCAACACACUGGGCCAGUUCUGGACCACCAAGGCCUUCCUGCCCCGCAUGCUGGAGCUGCAGAACGGCCACAUCGUGUGUCUCAACUCCGUGCUGGCGCUCUCUGCCAUCCCCGGUGCCAUCGACUACUGCACGUCCAAAGCCUCGGCCUUCGCCUUCAUGGAGAGCCUGACCCUGGGGCUGCUGGACUGCCCAGGAGUCAGCGCCACCACCGUGCUGCCCUUCCACACCAGCACCGAGAUGUUCCAGGGCAUGAGGGUCAGGUUCCCCAACCUCUUCCCGCCGCUGAAGCCGGAGACGGUGGCGCGGAGGACGGUGGAAGCCGUGCAGCUCAAUCAAGCCCUGCUCCUCCUCCCGUGGACCAUGCACGCCCUCAUUAUCUUGAAAAGCAUCCUCCCACAGGCCGCGCUGGAGGAGAUCCACAGAUUCUCAGGAACCUACACCUGCAUGAACACUUUCAAAGGGCGGACAUAAAGGCGGGACGCGGACACGCGCUCGGGAGCCCGGGAGCCGAGGGGCCGAGGUCCUGGCACGCACCCACCGCCUGCCCCUUGCACAGCCCUGCUGGGUGAACGGGACUGCUGCUGGCGCCAGGAAGAAUCCGGGUGCCCCCGGGCCGGCCCCAGGACCUCCGCACGGACUGACGGCGUGACUCCGGCCCCCACGGGAGGCGGGACACCAGCCAGCAGCCACCUUGACACUUUCACUUGUUUCUAAUUCUGUAGAGUUUAUUGUCGAGUCGCUUCUCAGUCUAACCGGCCUUAGCAGCGCGCACGGACUGCUCCAGGAGGCUCUGCACCCGCCCAGACGCUCUUUUCCUUCCAAAAUCCACCCGUCCUCGGCUUGCGCAAACUGGUUGAAUGGCAGGAAUGAAAAAUAAAGAGACGGUUUUGCGAG